CUGUCUCUUCGCAAUCAGACAUCCAGCUGACAAGAUGCGUUUCACAAACUUCUUUGUCUCAGCUUCUCUGGGCCAUCUAGCUCUUGGCGCAGCCUUUUCCACCGGAAGGCUCGAGAGUCGGAAACAAGAUCCUGGAGCUGCUUGUUCCCUAGGCCAGACCACCGCGAGUGCUCCUCACAAGAACUUCUGGGGUAGUCUAACCACCCAGGAAACUAAGGAUGUGCUUGCCCUUCUGCAUAGCAAUGCAACAGGCUUCAACUUGACUGCUGCAGAGGAUGCGGGGAGCCGAGAUAACAAGAUCAUGUCAGUUGAGCUUAUGAUGCCCAACAAGACCGAUGUCCUCCCCUUCCUCUCAAACAGCACUGGUACCCCAGAGCGUUACGCCCUGGCUGCAAUCAUGUUUGGUGCUGUUGAAAGCGCUUACGUUCAAGAGUUCAAGGUUGGCCCCUUGCCGAUCACCAACGCCUCGUAUGUUAUGCCGUACACCUACACCAACACAAGGGCGGGUGAUGGUAAAAUCCCAAUUGUCAACCCUGAUGCUGAGGAUUAUGGCAACUUCAAUCUCGAAAUCAUGAAGGGGGCAGAGGACGUGACGAAGCGACUCUGGAAUUUGACCGUCAAGGAUGGACUUCAGAUCCCCCUAGCUUUCGCAGCCCCUCUCACAGUGACAGACGACAAGGUCAUCAUGUGGCAGGGCUUCAAUGCACCCGUCACCAGCAUCUACGACACAAUCUCUCUGCUUCCGCUGGGUCUGUACUUAAGGACAGACAUCACAGGCCGUGAUCCCAGCAAGUGGAAAGUGACAGGUUGGGUGUACAACAAUGAAUUUUACAAAGAUCUCGAUGAGUUUCGCAAGGUCAUUGCCGAGCCUGAUUUCAAGCCACUGGGAGCGAAUUUGGAUCAGCCUUGGGCGCAUACGAAUAAGCAUGGUGAUACCCUCCCUCUUGAUGAUGAAGCUCCACCGGCGUCUGUUCAGUCUGGAAAGGAGAGGUUUGCUGUUGACAAGGAGGAGAGCUAUGUUACAUGGAUGGAUUUCUCGUUCUAUGUUAGUAUUACACGAGAUAAUGGCUUGCGACUUUACGACAUUCGAUACAAGGGCAAGAGGAUUAUGUAUGAGCUUGGACUUGAUGAGGCUAUCGCGCAUUAUGCCGGCAUCGACCCAGUACAGUCCGGAACCUGUUACUUCGACAGCAUGUCUGGCUUCGGGCCAACUAUGAUCUCUCUCGUCAAAGGCUACGACUGCCCAGCAUACUCGCACUACCUCAACGUCACACAGACUACAGGCGAGACAACAUAUACCCAGAAAGACGGCCUCUGCAUGUUUGAGAUCGACAAGGGCUUCCCUAUCCAACGCCACUCCUGGGCCGGCCACACCACCGUGACAAAGAACAUCGCCUUCAACAUCCGCGCCAUCUACACCAUCGGAAACUACGACUACAUGACGACCUACCAGUUCCACCUCGAUGGUUCAAUUGAAGUCGACGUCAGAGCAUCAGGCUAUAUCUCAUCAGCAUUCUACGCUGAAAACGAAGACUACGGCUUCAAGAUCCACGACAGUCUUUCUGGGUCUCUGCAUGAUCAUGUUAUCACGUUUAAGGCUGAUUUCGACAUCUUGGGCGAGAAGAACUCGUUGCAGAAGGUUACUAUUGAGCCUACGGUUGAGAAGUACAAGUGGUCUGAUGGUCAGACGCGUAACACUAUGAAGGCAGUCAAGAGCUUCAUUGAGAAUGAAGAUGAUGGCAAAAUCAACUGGUCGCCCAAUGGCGGGGCGAUGUACGCUGUGGUUAACAAGGACGAGAAGAAUCCUUAUGGUGAAAACCCAGGAUACAGGAUCGUACCAGCGUCUGGCGUGGCAUAUCUCACUGUUCAGGAUUCCUCUGUCACCAAGAACGCAGCCCACCACACAACACAUCAUCUCUACGUUACUCGCCAGAAAGACAACGAAACAUACGCCGUGGGAGCGUACAACUCUCUCACCCCCGAAGACCCCCAGGUUGACUUUGACAAGUACUUCAAUAGCGAGUCACUUGACCAGGAGGACAUUGUCGUUUGGUUCAACCUAGGAAUGCACCAUAUGCCUCACACAGGCGAUCUCCCCAAUACCGUCUUCUCGACAGCCCACUCGGCCAUGUUGAUCGAGCCGCUGAACUAUCUCCUUGGUGAUCCGUCGCAGGCUAGUUCGCAGCAGGUUCUCAUCAAAACCACGGAUGGGAAGCCUGAGAUCACGAGAUAUGGGGCUAAAGAGGCAACGUGCCCUGUUGAUCUGGCUCAGCUUAACCCGGAUCUGUCGAGCUAUUCCAACAGCGUCAGCGUUCUGAAGUAUCCCUUCGAUGGAUCAAAGCCGGAUCGUGCUUAGGUUACUUCUGAAGCGCUGGGUAUGCAAGAGUCAGCUUCUUGGAGGGAAUUUGGUGUAUUGCAGCUGGGAACGAGGUUUCGGUGUUACC